UGCACCAGUGCUGAGUGCAAUCACACUCACACACUCCUCUUAAAAACCUUCUUCUGUUUUUGACAGAUGUUCGGAUAAAGAAUAACGCCCUAAAUGUGGCUUAUACAGCACCAUCUCUGAGCUCCCGUAAGAUCAGCAGAUAUCAGGAAUACAUCACUCAUCCUGCGCACAGCUUUCCAUUUUUUUUUCUUUUUACAGGACAUAAGAAAGAUGUUUGCAUUCCUCGCUUGGCUUUCUUCCUAGCUGCGCACCUUGCCGAACAUCCAAUGGUGCGCUUUUGCGCAAAUCUUUCCAAACUUUCCAACCAAGUGGAGGAUAUUUUAAUGUGAAGGAUAUAGCUGAUACGCACACAUACGCGCUGGAAAUGUUCUUUUCGGACGUUCUCAUAUAAGUAAACCUCAAUGUUUGUCUCUUACGCUGGGAAGAGCUCUUAGGAUUUCUCCGUUGUUCACUUGGACAUGUUGCGCAGCGGCGCGACUGCGGAAUUGAAAUAACGCUGCUGUCGCUGGAGUUUCCGAACCUCGCCAACAUCUCGGGCACCGCAGCUUUGGGCAGGUGCUCCUUUCUGAGUGUGUUUGAAGACGGUGCCAUGCGGAGUCUGGAAUCGCACAUCGAAGGGCUGUAAAACCUGCUGAAAACGCGACAUUUACGCAGAGAUGGGAUCCCUGGUGAGAUCCCGUUGGCUGAUGAUCCCCCUGCUUGUGCAGGCCUGGCUAUUGGCUUCCCAAGGCAGAGUCCGAGAGAAACCAUGUCCCCGAAGCUGCCGCUGCGAUGGCAAAAUAGUGUAUUGUGAGUCAAAUGCCUUCCGUGAUGUGCCAAAGAAUGUUUCCGUAGGAUGCCAGGGCCUCUCUCUACGGUACAACAGCUUGGUGAACCUCAGGGCUGGUCAGUUUGCCAGCCUUAGCCAGUUGGUCUGGCUGUACCUAGACCACAACUACAUCAAUGCAGUGGACAAACAAGCUUUUCAGGGUGUUCGAAGACUAAAGGAGUUGAUCCUCAGCUCCAACAAGAUCACACAUUUGGAAAACAGCACGUUCCAUUCGAUCCCCAAUUUACGCAAUCUGGACCUUUCCUACAACAAACUUCAAGUCCUGCAGCCGAAUCAGUUCCAAGGCUUGCGCAAACUUUUGAGCCUCCACGUCAGAUCGAAUUCCCUAAAGACAGUUCCCAUGCGAGUGUUUCAGGAUUGUCGAAACCUAGAGUUCCUUGAUUUGGGCUACAAUCGACUGCGAAGUCUUACACGUAACGCAUUUGCGGGACUUCUCAAACUGACUGAGUUACACUUGGAGCACAACCAAUUCUCAAAGAUCAAUUUUUCUCAUUUCCCAAGGCUGAACAACCUCCGUGCUUUGUAUCUGCAGUGGAAUCGGAUAAAGUCAAUAACCCAGGGAAUUACAUGGACGUGGACCUCUUUGCAAAAGCUGGAUCUCUCUGGGAAUGACCUGCAAGUGUUGGAUUCAAGCAUCUUCCAGUGUCUCCCUAACUUGCAGACUCUUAAUCUGGAUUCCAAUAAGCUAAGCAACGUGUCUCAAGAGGCCAUAUCAGCUUGGAUCUCUCUUACUACCAUCAGUCUUGCGGGAAACAUUUGGGAAUGCAGCCCCAGCUUAUGCCCCCUUGUAGCCUGGCUAAGGAACUUCAAGGGGAACAAGGAAACCACAAUGAUUUGUGCUGGACCAAAGGAAGUUCAAGGUGAGAAAGUCAUCGAGGCUGUUGACACACAUGGUAUCUGUAAGACAACCCCCACCACUUACCUACCGAUCUCCUCUACUGUAAGCUCCCCAUCCAAACCUGGACGCUUCCCCCUGCCCACCAUGUUCAGGGUGAAUGAAAAAAUAACUCGCAACAACCCUGUUGCACCUUCCCCGACUACUGCCUCCCCACCGAUCCCUGAGCAGGACUUUGAGCAUGUUUCGUUCCACAAGAUAAUAGCCGGCAGCGUUGCCCUCUUCUUAUCCGUGGCCAUGAUCCUGCUAGUGAUCUACGUCUCCUGGAAGCGUUAUCCCAGCAGCAUGAAGCAACUGCAGCAGCAUUCCAUGGUGAGAAAACGCCGGAAAAAGGCACGGGAGACAGAGCGAACCCUCAGCUCCCCACUUCAGGAAUAUUAUGUGGACUACAAACCCACAAACUCUGAGACCAUGGACGUACUGGUCAAUGGGACAGGACCCUGUACCUACACCAUCUCCGGCUCCCGAGAAUGUGAGGCCCCUCAACAGAUGGGCACAUUGGCGUUCUACAGGUACGAGCAGCCCAUCGUGGACUACUGCCAGGCUCACCAGCCCCUGCACAUGAACAGGGGCUUUGAGCCCCCGUCCCAGGCCCUCGAGGGGCUGGGGGCACGAGAACGCUGCGGCGUCCCAUCCGCUGGCCUCCUUCCUUCCGUGCCUGCAGCCCCUCUGUCAGAUAUCCGCACCCUACCGCAGUGAGCCGGAGAUGGACUCGUCCCUGUCGCCUGUUUUCCUCGCUGAAUGUCCCCGGAGGGCGUACGCUCUACCCCCAACAUGAACCCACCACAAGACUGAAUCACAGAUAUAUGGGCCAGUGUGAUAAACUACAGACUCUCAGGAGAGGACAGGAUCGACUCUGUCUUUGUCGUGAAGUGGGUUAAAACACACUCCGGUUUGUCAUCUGCAAGAAUCUUCUGUACGAUUGAUGUGUUUGGAAUAAUCUAACAAGGAUGUUUUUUUUUUGGGGGGGGGGGCAUUUUAUCCUGAUGCUUUGGGCUUUUUUGUGAGCUCGGCCCUCUAAAUGUUUAAAAGCAUCAUGCUAAUGGCGAAACGUCUCAAGCGAGAAAUAUACAUCAAGGCCUUUGUUGACUCAACAGCACGCAUACUUUGACAGGCAUACAUUGGUGUUCUCCCAGAACCAAAAGUAAUUAAACGUAAAACGCCGUCCCUUAAAUGGAUUCGAGAAACCGGAGCAGCGAGCAAAGGAAUUUCUGAGCAGGUUCUGAGCAUAAAAAUCUCUUUUAUCUCUUUCUAAUAAGGCCUUUCAGAAGGACUCCUGCCCCAUGAAGUCAGCGAUAAUUGCUUUAUAUAAAAUUGCCCAAAUUUAAUUCCUCAAGGUGAGCUGACAAAUUUGAAUUGUAAAUGAUAAUAUGACCCUCACUUGACAGCCUCUCUAUUGUGAAUCUUUAAAAUGAGUCUUGAUCGUUUGGUAUUAUGAUGAAAGAACCCAUCACACCAUGCUGAUUUUACUCUGAAAAUCACUGACAGCUGUGACAUCAUUUAUCAGUGCUGUUUUACACCGACUGUGGAAAAUGUCUGACACAAUCUGUGAGGUAUUCAUAUUGAGUUUCCUUUCACUUUUAGGAUGUUAACACCAGGGUCAUUCCUGUUAGGCCUUAUAAAUCCUUGAACUUCUAAAAAAUAAAAAUGGCUGUGUGCUAUUUAAUUUAUUUCUAUAAAAUGGUCUUGAAGACAAUCAGGUCAAGAUCAGGCACUUGUAACGUGAUUAGGGCUGUCAAACGAUUAAUCACGAUUAAUCGCAUACAAAAUAAAAGUUUGAGUUUGCAUAAUAUAUGUGUGAGU